GAGAAUCUGAAAAUGUCGGACGCAGUAGAAGAUCAGGAGAUUGCCGAUGGCGAAAGCGAUAGUUUACAAAAAACAGCGUUAAAGAAGGAAAAGAAGCACGACAAUGUUGGAGUUGCUGAUCUAGAGAAAGUCACUGACUAUGUAGAGGAGAAAGAGAUUUCAUCACCAGCCAUCAGCGACGCGAUGGCAGUCAUAGGUAAUAAGAAGCAAUUAGAGAACAUGGAAAAGGCUGAACGCGAAAAGGAGCUAGCCAGGGUCAAAAUUAGGAAGGAAGAUGUGGAACUAAUUAUGUCAGAGAUGAUGAUUUCUAAAACUGUGGCCGAGAGGAACCUGAGGGUGCACCGAGGAGACGUUGUAGCCACGUUAGCUGCAUUAACCAACUGACUUCCUUUCAACAUCGUGAAGCAUCCUCGAAAGUGUACAUAGACUUUAUGAUGAGCGAGCAUCCUUUGCAGAAGCUGCAGACCUCAGGUCAUCCCGACGAAGUUGAAAUGUCGGCACUGCACACCUUCACAUCCGAAGUUAAUUAACACGUUUUUCUUCACACUUCUCAAAUCUUUUGGGGUGGGCCCGGGGUUGCCAUGUUCAUCACAAGUCGACACACACUACAGGUUACGUACGGUGGGACACAGUGUGUAGUGAGCUGAUCGAAGGAAGGUUAUCGGGAAUUUUUGUACGUAAAAAAACCACGUGAUUUGAGUGCUUUUUCUAUAUCACAAGUGCUAUUGGUACUAGGAUACGUGUGGUAAAAACUAGGUGCUUAUCUAAAAGCAAAAUGUGACGUACAUGUGUCAACACUUUUGUGUCAUAUUCCGAUGCAUAGAAUGUGUGGUAAAUUAAGUACAAGUCAUCUGUCGUGAGGGCACUGGAUGAAGUGAGAAUAUACUCUUCAUACUCUACUCUAUAUACUCAUAUACUCUACUAUUGUUCAUAUUACACUGUGUACAUUCUGUUGUGCAUUGUCACAGUCAUAGAACACAUAGAAAAUUGACUUUUUUGUGUAAUAUUGAUAACACAUCAAUCAAUUUAUUAGUAGAUAAAUUCUGCUUGACAUCAAUAUCACCAGUCACUGUAUCUUUACAUGUAAUAGCUAAUUUUUUUCUUGCAUUAUUGAGAAAAAUGUGACAACUAUGAUCAUGAUAUUUAAUGUUGUAGUUUCAUUCCAAAUUAAAUUGUUUGAUAUAAAA